CUUUGUUGUUCUCUUUAAAUUAAAAUGAUCGCCGAACUUCGAAAGAAAAUGGCACUUUAAGAAUAAGAUUAAUAGAAUAGUUUAAAUAAUAAGCGAAUACUACUGGUACUCAGCUGGUUGCUUACAGUUUGUAUUUGUAAUAGACAUAAUUUUGGAAGGGCUUUCUGGCAAUCCCAAAAAAAUUAUAAUACAUCAAUCAAUGUCAUAACUACCAAAUAAAACUAAACUUUGUCGGAGAUUUAUAACUUUAUCGUUUGCUUUAAUAAAAUUAAAUGUACUUUAUGCAAACAACGAACGUAUGUGAAAAAAAUAUUUCUAUUACAUCAUGGAAAAAGAGGGCAUAACUUAUUGUAUUUUAUGCGCUCAGAUAAAAUGUUUCAGCAAGUUAAUAAAUUUGCACACCAAUGGAAUGUUACUUAAAACUGCAAUUAAAUUGUCUCUUUUGAAUAUUUCUUACGAUGAUCUCGACGCUGAAAAAUUACCGAGAAUGAUAUGCAUUUCUUGUAUGGAAAAAUUAGAUGAAGCAUUCGAAUUCGUUUCAGAAGUUGACAAAGCAUUGGUGAUGUUGAAAGAACUAUACGAAAAGAAAUUAAAAACUGAAGGUAGCUCCACAGAAAAUCAAGAAAGUGUUGUGCAAGAUAGUAUAUCCGAAUACAUUGUACAUAUUAAACCAGAUGUUGCGGAAUCUUCAGAUUCAGAAGCCAGUUAUAAUUCUACAGGUAAGAAGCGUGACUCUUCUGGUGAAAGAUCUCACAGUGAUGAAGUGAAAAAAAAAUUUAGAUGUAUCUUCAAAAGAGUUAAGUUGGCAUGACUACAUAUGGACGUGUGCAUACUGUGAAACACAGUUUACUGCCCUUGCAGAACUUCAAACACAUUCAAUGCAAUAUCACCACUGUUGUAAUGCAUACAAAUGCUAUGAUUGUAAAAUAUGGAGGAUGAAUUUAAAAGAUUUCAUAAUUCAUGUCAAAAGUCAUAAAAAAUAUCUUAAAACAAUAUGUCAUAAGUGUAAUAAGAAAUUUGUGUUCGCACGUCAUGUACAUAUACACAUAAGUAGUGCACAUGCUUCAAAAUCGCCCUUUGUUUGUCUGGGAUGUGAUGUUGACUUUAAAAGUCAAGAAGAAUUGAGUAAUCAUAGACAAGCAUUCUAUAAAAAUAAACAAAGGAUACACAAUAUACCAUCAAACAUAAGAUCUAAUACAAAUGACUUAUUUUGCAUUACUUGUAAAAAAUCUUAUGCAUCAAAGGUAUCACUCCGUGCUCACUUAUUAACUCAUACCGAAAGAAAAGAGCACAUCUGUGAGAAGUGUGGCAAGUGUUUUUUUAGGAAACGGGAUUUAGUAGAGCACACCAUAGUGCAUGAUGAAGAACGCAGGCAUCAAUGUAAAGUAUGUCUGAUGAAAUUUAAAACUAAAUAUAUCUUGAAGCAGCAUGUAGCUGUCCAUAGUUCCGAAAAACCAUUUAAAUGUAAUGAAUGUGGACACAAUUUCCGUCUGAAGAAUCAAUUGACUGCACACAGUAAAAGUCACAGUGACUCCAGACCACACGAAUGCACAUAUUGUGGUAAAAGUUUUAGACUUAGAGGGACACUUUAUAUUCAUCUGCGACAGCAUACAGGAGAAAAGCCAUAUUCAUGUGAUAUUUGUGUGCGGAAGUUUACAAAUUGGCCUAAUUAUAAUGUUCAUAUGAAAAGAAUGCACAAAAUAAAUAUGUCAAAGAAGAAAUUACCAAUAAAAAGUACAUCUAAGACGUAAAGUGUGUAUUAAACGAAUGAAAACAGAGGGACCAUGUUUUAAAAUGGUUUUGACAAAAGAGGCUAAAAACUAGUAAUUAAACAUUUCUUGCUGGCAAUGUGCCUUAUUAAUAUAAUGAUUUUAUUGUUGAGAAUGAAAUAU